AUUAACUACCGCCCACUUUGACGUUGCAGUGUAGACAGACAUCCUUGAACAUAUCCAGUGUGCAGGGCAAUACCAAUCAUGUACGGCCAGGUUAAGAGCCGGCAACCUCUGCAGCGUCGACCGAUCGACGCUUCGAAAAUCCCUACCUCCGCCACAGCACCUCCAGCUCCUUCUCCGGCUCCUGUUCGAGAUUCAGAAAAGUCCCACGAGCCAGACACCACGUGUCCCUUCAUCCAUGUCGACCGCCAGGCGAUUCAUAAUAACCUAGAAACGCGGAUCCGGUACCUUCACUCGUUUCUAGACUUCAACCGGGAUGACAUUGAUGCUCUCAUCUCCGGCGCCAAAUACGUCAAGGCGCUGAUUCCCACCGCCGUAGAUGCCAUGUACAGCAAGCUGCUCGAGUACGACAUCACCGCACAGAGCUUCAGCAAGACCAAAAAGGAAGACGGGGAGGAGAAGCUGCCGAGUGAGCAGAGCUCCGAGAUUCUGCGUCGGAAGAUCUUCUUGCGAUGGUAUCUCACCAAGCUGUGCUCCGACCCCAGCAAGCUGGAGUACUGGGAGUACAUGGACAAAGUCGGUCGCAUGCACAUCGGGCGAGAUCCAUCCCAUCCCAUCCAUAUUGACUAUGUGCACAUCGGCAUGACUCUGGGCUUCGUCAUGGAUGUCUUUAUUCAAACCCUCAUGAGCCAUCCUCAGGUCCCGUUCGGCCGCAAGCUCGGCCUUUUACGCGCGCUGUCUAAGGUUAUGUGGAUUCAGAACGAUCUUUUCGCUCGUUGGUACAUCCGGGACGGCCACGAGUCCUCCGACGGUGGUUCUGAUGCCGAUACUGCGAGCUACGAUAGCACACGCGGUCAUCAUAGUAGCGGCGGUGGCGGCCAUCAUCACAGCCCGAGCUAUCAGAGCGGCGGCCAACCCAACGGCUGUCCUGUGAACCAUGGAGCGAAAGACCAAAGCACACCUCGCACGCGCCCGAGCAAUCGUACCUGCCAGAAAACACAAAGCAUGUAUAGCAACGCCAGCCAUAACACCAGUAGCAAGGCCUUGAGUGAAGCCAGCACGAUUGCCAGGUCACGCGAGGAUGAGACGUCGAGUAUCUCCAGCGCCGGGACUGCCACGGCCUCGAAUCAGUUAUAUCCUGACCCGGAUAGGAACAAUUCGACCACGUCACUUGAAAGCAAGAAGUCUAUAGGCCAAGCGAGUGCUGGCUCGUCUACAGAAAGCCGCUCAGAGAACCGUUCUGCAUUCGGCUCAGUCCGGAGGAUGCUAUCCAAUUCUUCGAGACGCCUCGAUCUGACCAAGAAGGAGAGAGUUGACGAUGACAGCCUUAGCAUCCCCCUCAUCAUCAACAACGAGUUCACAACGACGCAGAAGCAGUUCGACGUACGGAACCCUGCCACGGGCAAGCUGGUCGGCCGGUGCAGCAGUGCCUCCGUCGAGGAUGCUAACCGCGCCGUUCAAGCCGCCCAGACCGCGUUUCGAGUGUGGAGCAAGAUGCAGCCGUAUGCUCGUCGCGAUCUCAUGAUGCGGGCUGCCGAAAUCAUGCUCAACCGCAAAGAGGAGCUAAUCUUUUAUCAGCGAGAAGAGACAGGGGCUGGACGCCUGUUUGCUGAACACACAUUUAUGCUCGCCGUUUCAUUCCUGAAGGAUUUCGCGUCGAGGAUUCCCUCCAUCGAAGGCUCCGUGCCGACGGUGGCCGAGGAAGGACGAUACGCAAUGGUCAUCAAAGAACCGUACGGAGUGGUUCUCGGAAUUGUGCCAUGGAAUGCACCAUAUCUUCAUGGCGUUCGUGUAGUAGGCCUGCCUCUGGCUGCGGGCAAUUCCGUGGUCCUCAAAGGCUCUGAGCUGGCUCCUCGGUGCUUCUGGGCCAUGGGCGAUAUAUAUCGGGAAGCUGGACUCCCUGCUGGCUGCGUCAAUGUCCUCUACAACCAGACUUCACACGCGUCGUCCGUCACCACGGCGCUCAUCUCUCACCCCUUGGUUCGAAAGGUCAACUUUAUGGGCAGCACCCAGGUCGGCUCGGUGGUCGCUUCGAUUGCUGGUCGAUAUAUCAAGCCCAUUACACUUGCUCUAGGAGGAAAGGCGUCUGCCAUUGUCCUGGACGAUGCUAACCUGGGCAAGGCGGCAAUGGGCUGCAUUGUGGGAUCGUUUAUGCAUGGUGGCCAGAGUUGCAUGUCGACAGAGCGGAUAAUCGUCCAGCGAGGGGUUCUUGAAAAAUUCCGCCGUGCACUCGUUGAGACGGCAGAGAAGGUGUUUGAGAAGGACGCACCACCGCCCAUCCUGAUUGCCGCCGGUGCCGUGGAGAAGAACAAGGGUCUCGUGGCGAAUGCACUCGCCAAGGGGGCCAACAUCUUAUUCGGCGACCUGAACUCUCAGGAGACAUCCAAGGCCAGCAUGCGGCCCCUGAUCGUGGAGAACGUGACGCCGGAGAUGGAGGUGUACUUCACGGAAUCGUUUGGCCCAACCGUCUCUCUGAUGGCCGUGGACACGGAGGAAGAGGCCAUUGCCCUCGCGAACGAUACCGAAUACGGCCUUUCAGCGGCCAUUUACACUGAGAAUCUGUUCCGGGCGAUUCGAGUUGGUAGGGGCUUGGAGUGCGGGUCUGUCCACAUCAACUCGACCACCAUCCACGAUUCGCCCGGGUUGCCCCAUGGCGGAUGGAAGAGCAGUGGCUUCGGCCGUUCUGGCGGCGGAUCGUCCUGUUACGACGAGUUCCUCCAGACCAAGACGAUUACCUGGGUGGAGCAAUGAAGAUGAAGCGCGACUCCGAUCCGGAUCUCAGUGGAUUCGUACUAAUAAUACCCCUUUGCGACCGCGUUUAUCACUAGUUAAUAUGGGUCAUUGGAUUGGAUUUAGCUUAGAUAUCCCUGCUUUGUUUAUACUUGCCUUGCUGGUGUCGUUGGAAUUCUGCUAUUCUCGGCGUUUGGGAAGCAAGACGGUCCUUAGACUCUGGGAAAAUACAUUUCUCUUAUCGUUCUGCCAGUAGAAGAAAAGAAGCAAAGAUGAGGUUAAUAACUCCCGGUGCAGGGUUCUUUGCGUGAUCUGCUUCCAAGAUAACUACAUCGAUGCACAAUGCAUAUAAGCAUGUUACAUCCCACUGUACUCUAGUCCACGGAACAUCUAUUUCAAAUAAAGAAGAAGAAGAAAUGGCUGCCGCGAGAAUAUCCACCCUCCUCUGGGGAACAGACAGCAAAGACCGCUCCCUCCUAAUGAAACUCGACUUCACGCUUCUCCCCUAUUUCUCACUGAUCUGGUUCCUCUUUGGCGUGACGCGCGCUAGCUAUUCCUCCGCGUACAUCAGCGGCAUGGACAAG